AUGCGAGACCUCGCGGCUCAGGUAACGAGCAGCCUGCUGCAGUUUCCCGAGGUGACCAUUCAGGCUCUUGGGGAAGAUGAGCUCACCCGAGGGUCUGUGCUGCGUGGGCGGUUUUCCAGAGGGAGAGAUGGGCUGGCCUGGCUGGCGUGUGGCCCUCAGCUGGAGGUCGUGAGCGCUGUGACGGGAGAGCGGCUCUCUGCACACCGUUUCAGUGGAGCCCGUGAGCAGCCUCCCACCAUCCGCGUGGUGAAGGAGGUUUUCUGGCAGACGGGAGCGGGGCUGCUGGUUGGCUUGAGAGAAGCAGAGGGAAGUGUUCUCUGCCUGUACGACCUUGGAACAUCGAGCGUGGUUACAGCAGUAGUUCUGCCAGGAAGGGUAACUGCUGUAGAGCCCAUAACUAACCCCGGAGGAGCCAGCGUGAGGCCUUGGCACCUGCACCGGGCUCUGCAAGGGUUUUGUGGCGUGGCAGCGGUGGCGACAGAUGUUGGUCAUCUGCUUGUGGUGGACCUUGGCUUGGAUGAUCUCUCUUGCAGUCAGAGGGAGAAUGAACCAUCGGGUCUAACAGUUGUCACUAGAGCUGCUGCUGGCGUUUCACAAGGAAGAGCAACCGUGAGCAGAGCAGGGAGACAUCUCUGCCUUCAGCUACAGUGUCCUUCAGGAACAGCGCUCUCGACCCUGUGCUACAUCAGCAGAAGCAACCAGCUCGCCGUGGGUUUUUCCGACGGCUCCCUGUCACUGUGGAAUAUGAAAACUCUGCAGCGGGAGCACCACUGUCAGCUUGAAGGAGGAAGGAUUCCUGUCUGCGCCGUUACUUUUCAAGAGCCUGAGCACGAUCCUCGCAACUGUUGUUACUUGUGGGCUGUUCAGUCGACGCAAGAAAGUGAAGGCGAUGCCGUGAGUUUACAUCUGUUGCAGUUAGCGUUCGCAGACAGGAGGCCCUUGGCUUCAGGACAAGCCAUGUACGAGGGUUUGGCAUCCUGUGUUGAAAAGUACAGUUUGGAUCUGACGGGUGGAGCCUUUCCCUUGAGAGGGCAGGGCAGCAAGGCCAAACUACUCAGCUGUCAGGCUGUAGAAAUCUUUCCCAACUGCAUUGACAGAGAAGGCAGCGUUGAUGAAGUCAUAUCUCCUGACAUCAGUGUCUCCGUCUUCAGCUGGCAAGUGAACACACGCAGCCAGGGAAAACCAUCUACUUAUUUGGGUGUAUUUGACUUUGACUGCUGGUAUGAGGCUCAAAUGCCAGGCUCACUAAGGCCAGAAGAAUCCCUUCAGGACUGCCCCUAUUUUGCACUGUGGUCACUGGACGCUGUGACAAGCACGACUGCUCCAAACCUCCUUCUGGAUGUUGUGGUGCAGGAGCGCAGCCUAAGCUGGAGAGUUCCUCCUUCUUACCCACAACCUGAGCUGUGUUUUCACCCAAGCACCUAUAAUUUUGAUGGCACGUGCCUGCUGAGCUCUGGAGUUGUUCAUGUGACGUGCAGCGGCUUCCAGAAGGAGGUGAGCUUUUACUGUGUCUUUAUGGAGAAUGUCAAGAGAUGGAGCUUUCCUAAGCUUUCCAUGGCGCUGCUUUCGGUGUCAGGGACCAUUUCAUGCUCCUCCUGCCCAUCCACACGCGUAACUGCAAUUGUACCCUGCCAGACAAAUAAGCUGGCGGUGACCAGCCUCGCAGCUUUGUAUGCACGAGUGGUCCUCUGGUUCUGUGGGUCCCGCCUCCUGCCCGAGGGCUCAGGUGACGAGAUGCGUUUCUCUAGACCUUUCUACAAUUAUCCUCUGAUUCGGAGCUACUACGCUGGUCAUCGACAGCAACUGGAGCGUUUAUCAAGAGGCAAACGGGACUCUGACUGCCUGAUGAUCGAUGGGAUGGUUUCCCAGUUGGGAGACCGAGUUGAGAAGUUGUGGCAGAGAGAGGAAGGAGGAACGGGGAAAUACCCACCUCCUAGCUUACAGGCACUGCUGGAGCUCUAUUUGCUAGAAGGCGUUGAAGAAAGCCACAAACAUGCAAUCACAAUUUACUUGCUGCUAGACAUCAUACAUUCCUUUCCAAACAAAACAGAACCUUCCGUCGACUCCUUCGCAGCUGCCUUUGCCAUCCCUUCGGGCCUUGUUAAGCGUAUCCAAGGAUUUUGGCUUCUAGACCACAAGGAUUAUGAUAACUCCCUGGCCCUGCUCUUUCACCCAGCUACAAUCACACCUGUGUCGUGGCAACACGUGAGAAUUCUUCGGUCCCUCAUGUGCCAAGGAGAGCAUAGGCGAGCCCUCAGAUACAUGCAGGUGAUGAAGCCACCAUUCUCAAGCAGUUGUGAAGAGCGACUUUUCCUCACUGUGCUGUUGUCCAAUAGGUGCAUGGCGGAGGCUUGGGCUCUGCUGCAGGAAGACGCCGCUCAGUUAAAGGAGGAAGAGCUAUUAAAAGACAUGUAUGACAUCUGUCGGGAGCUGGGACUAGUAGGAGACUUCCUGAGGCUGCCUUUCACAGACUCUGAACAAAAGUGUUUGGAGAAAUUUUUACAGACUCAUGAGAUUCUUUUAGUCCAGCAUCUGCAGCGUGCCAACUGUACGGCAGCAGCACGGCUGAACCGGGCGAUGAACGUUCAUCUCAUGAACGAUCGUGCUCCUCGCUGGAGACAGAGAGCAGUUGCCAGAAAUUCUCUCUCAGCCCAGCACGGCAAGACCCUUCCUAGAGGUCAGAGGCAGCUGGCUGUAGAGAGAGCCAAGCCUUACCAUCUGCCUUCG